AUGUAUCGUUUAGCUCCAAAGUGCGGUCUCAAUUUCAAAGCAACGGCUCAAAAGCCAAUUGAAUAUAAUUAUGGUCCACGAUCUGUCGCCAUCAGCGAUUUCGAUAAUGACUCCGUUUUGGAUAUGGUUAUUGCCAAUCAUAUAGCCAACAACAUAGCGGUAUAUUUGGGAAAUGGUGAUGGCAGUUUUCGAAAUCCAAUCAUAUAUUCAACAGGUUCCUACUCUAGCCCAUACAUGGUCACAAUUGCUGAUUUCAACAAUGACAACCGAUUGGACAUUGCAGUAGCGAAUUUCGGCACUAACAAUAUCUGGAUCUUUCAUGGAUUUGGGAAUGGAUCUUUUGCAAGUCAAAUAGAACUUUCAACAGGCUCAUCUCGUCCGGCAACAAUUAUUGCCGUUGAUUUCAACAAUGACUCACUACUUGAUAUUGCCACUGCGAAUUACGGAACUCACAGUGUUAGUGUAUUCUAUGGAUAUGGCUAUGGAAAUUUUUCGCCUCCAAUUACGUAUUCAACAGGUUAUGAUUCUCUUCCAUCCUCAUUAGCUGCUGGAGAUUUCAAUAACGACAACUAUUUAGACCUCGUCAUCGUCAAUUAUGGAACGAAUAAUGUUGGCGUACUUUUUGGAAAUAGUAGCAGAACUUUUGAAAAACAAAUCACGUUUUCAACUGGAUUUGCUUCUCAACCAUACUCAAUCGCUAUUGGUCACUUUAAUGACGACGGAUUUGUUGAUAUAGC